AUGGCAUUGCGAUUGGAUACGAUGAAUGUAUCAAAUGCGAUGAUACAUCCCCAGCAGAAUCGACAAGCAUCAAACGACGUCUUUGAUGUGGCUCUAUCGAGUCAUUCUCCACUCAGUAACGAUUCUGGAUUCAACAGUGAUCGGAUUGCAGUUGGUGAAGCAUACUCAAGAAGACAAUGUCAACAACCUCAGCCACCAACUACUGCACCACCUCCACUUCGAACAAAAAACAUUAGCCAUAAACUCACUUACGACAGUGUUUACGCUACAGAUCCGGACACGAACACUAGAUUCGAUAAAUUCGACAAAAGCUUUCAAACAAAUCGUCCGAAUUGUCUCGCCAAUCCUCUGCGCUUUCCGAGAGUGAGCGAAGAGAAUCGCCCGAAAUCGCCAGUUCCUGCUCCACUGAUUAUGCCGUCACUCAGAAACAGUAACUCAAAAACACCCAAUUCUCCGUUUUUUUCACCACCUGUAGAUAAAGAGAAGGAUAUUUAUUCGGAUCAAUUUUCAUAUCGUUAUCCGAAUAAUGAGCAACCAUACCCAAACAGUGAAAAAAUUGGAUAUUCCUUGCCGUCAUCUUUCAAGCCACUGUCAACACCUCCUGCUUCAUUAGCCGCCCAACAACCACCAACACCUCCUUCUGAACCACCUCCAAGUGAUCCCAUCGUGUCUAAGUCCAUCGAAACAUCAACCAUACAGACAAAUUCGACGCCAACAGCUCAAAAACAAAAUUCCUUCUCCGAUUCUGUAUUCAGUUCAAAGUAUUUCUCGUCCCAACAAAUGUCAUCAGCACGUAAUGAAGUAACUCCAAUUGUCAACUCGUCAGAUACAAUAACACCAAAACCUUCAGAAAGUAUAUCUGGCGAAAUAGUGCAACAGAAACUGUCGUAUAAUAAGGCGGAGUUGCCUCCUCUAAGAUAUACUCGUUCUUCAUCGAAUAUGGACAUCCAACCUCCACAAACCACUUUAAGUCCAUCAAAACAUCAACUUUACAGAGAAAGCCAGAAGAAUGAGAAUUCAGACUUUGCACAAAAACUGUUCGAAUCAAAAAACGCUGCUGAAUUGCUGCAGCAAGGAAGUUUGCGAAUAUCAUCACCCGGAAGAUAUUUCAGUGAAAAAUUGAAUGAAGAAACUGAUUCAGAACAUCUAUUACUAAGUAGAGAUGAUGAAAUGCCAUUCUAUAAAUCAAACUUGAAACAAGCAUCGUUAUCAUCGACUGUCCCAUAUGCUCAGUCACCUUCCCCAGUACUACACCACACUCUGUCCAGUCAAAAAUCUAAUGAUAAAGAUUCAGUAAACAAAUAUUCAAUGUCGACAUCACAACAAGGCAAACCCACAACUAUCACUUCCAGCGUCAAAUCAAGCUUCUCUUCAUCGCCAUCUGCAUUCACUAAUGAACAAAAUAAUCCCUCGCUCGCCUCUCCAAGUUCAGUCUCGGCAUCAUCAUUUUCAAUCAACAGGCGCGCAGUUCCGGUCAAUAAACUCAUUGAAAAGUUUUCACAAAACGAUACCGGAGCACCAGUUAUGCCAGCACUUUAUGGAGCGAGCACGAAAAAUGUCAACGCCACACCGACACUUUCUCCUACAAGAACAACAAAUCUCGUUUCGCACGAAGAUCCUUUAUUCGCCAAAUCUAAGCCGCAAACACAUGAAAUCACUUCAGCCGAAACCACCAAGAUGGAAUCAAAUAAACAACGACUCUACCCUUCACUCUCUUCAGAUUCAACUGGAUAUGCUUCCGAAUUAACCACUUUACCAAAAGCCACAAGAACAACAUCCAUCGAGAAAUCAACAUCAAAUGCAAAUUCUCCCACUAUUCGUCAUUCUGAUGAACAGCUGAAAACUGAGCAUGCUUCUCAGUUCAACUGGACGACGAGUAAGAACACUGCAAUAAAUCCAUCACGUUAUGCAGAUGAACGUCGAGAAUCGAUAUCGAAAGAGAAUUUUAUGGAGCAUCCUCAUGAGAUCAUCAAUUUGUCGUCGUCAGUCUUAUCACAAAGCCAAGCUGAACUGAACAUAUUACCAAAAAAGGUAUUUCGUUGUAAGCAAUCCCUCAAAAUUCUUCACCCACCACCACUCACAGAUAGAUGUGAAGCUUCACUUGACAAACAUGGAGCAUUUGUCGGUUUGGAUUUCUCACGUUAUGAUGUGGCUGAAGAAGACGUCAUUGGUCGUCCAAUAGAAGCUGAGGAGGCUGAAGAAGUCGCAAUUCGUCUCGCUAAGGAAUUUCCUUUGAAAAGUCAAAUUUGUUGGAAGGAUGAACCAACUACAGAACAGAUGGCGGAAUGCAAAGAAGCCAUUGGGUCAGAGUCGUUUGCCGAUUAUGAUAUUUUCACGGUGAAUCUGAAAAGUUUCGUCUAUAUUACGAUCAGCCGUCUUGAAUUGUAUCACAUUCGCAUCGAACCAUUCUUUGUAUCAUUUUCUCCAUACUUCAUGCGUGAUCUUUGGGGUAUUCAGGUCCAGAAAGUGAUAACAGGCAGCCUUGCGGAUCAGAGUGAUAACAUCAAUAGAGGUGAUCGAGUAUUCUUUAUUCAAAAUCGUUCAACGAGAAAGAUGUCCACUUCUGAUGCUCGAUCGCUCAUAAAAAGCCCCUCACCGGUGGUUUCGUUCGUUCUUGGUCGCCGACAUACUUCUAAUGUCUUCAAUUUCACUUCAGCUCCACUCGAGAUGUAUUCUACAGUGUCAUGCGACCCAGAUCGUUUCCAAUAUUCCUUAACACCGGAAGACGUCGUUUUAACGAAGGGUAAUCUUGGUGUGGGUCUUUCUCUUGAUGGAGGCAAAGGAUCAAUCUAUGGUGACCGACCUAUUAUUGUAAAGAGGAUUUUUGAAGGUGGAUCAGCUGCGAAAAGUGGUCGGGUAAAAGUUGGUGAUCAAAUAGCUGCGAUUGAUGAUAUGCCGACAACGGGAAUGUCUUAUUUAGAGGCAACGAAGACGCUGCGUUCUCGUCCCGAAGGACCGGUUAAAAUAACUAUUUACAGUCGUAUAUAG